GCUGAAUGCCGAAUUGUAUGAAGACGAAACAAAAUGAAUGGUCGUCACGCCCACUCUGCACUCGGCACAACUUGACAACAAUAAUUAAUGGAAUACUGCACAAUUGUACGCCACAAAACGAUGACGGAUAACAGUAUCACUGAUUCACAAUGAGAUCGUUAGUUUAUUAAUUUCAUUUGUAACCAGGUCCAGUGACCAGUUUCCAUCGGGUUUCUACACCUCAACGUUCACUCACGAAUACAAUUAUCGGGAACUCGAACGAUCUACAGUCUUCAUUCUUAGAACUUGGACAUCUUUAACUUUAACAGUGUUGUUGAAGUUUAGUCUGGUCAGGAAAACGUUUGGAGAGGUGUCGAGUAUCAUAAUUUCAGCAGUUGGCUAGCUCUCUAGAUCUAUCUAGAACUAGAUAUCUAGUAGUGAAUAACAUGUCAGCAGAGACAGAGUUGAUCGAACAUACAGGCGGGUGUCAUUGUGGUGCAGUUCGGUUCCGAAUCAAAGCGCCAGCUGAGGUGACUGUAUACGACUGCAAUUGCAGUGUUUGCACAAAGAAACAAAAUUUUCAUUUCAUGGUUCACAAGUCAAACUUUGAACUACUUCAGGGAGCUGAAAACAUCACAACAUACAGGUUUGGCACCAAAGUUGCACAACAUACAUUCUGCAAGAUAUGUGGUGUCCAGAGUUUCUACACCCCUCGAAGCAACCCGGACUGCCAUGGGGUUGCUCCACACUGUCUUGACCCUGGAACUAUGAAAUCGACGACUGUGGAAAAGUUUGGAGGCGAUGACUGGGAGGCUGCAUUUAAGACAUCAGACAUACAAAAGCACUCAAAAAGUUAAAGUGUUUCAUGUCGGAGGCACAUCGCUGGAAGACUCAUUUGCAACUGAGCUACAAGGCUGUCAAUUGUAACAAAGCAAGGAUGAGGCUGUCCGAAAAGUAGGAGGAAAAAUAGUCAUAACUGAAAAAUUGAUAGCUUUUUGUAUAAUUUGGGAACGGUAUGCUAAAGGUAUGCACUUUUGAAUGGGUCUGUAUAACACAAUAAAAUGUGGACAUCGUCAAUUUGAAACAGAUAUAUACAUUGUUGUAUUGUACUGUAAAUGUAGAUCUAGAUCUAAGACUGCUGAAGAAAAACAGGUUUGAAAAGAACUUUUAUAUGUUUUGUUUUGAAGUAUAGCUAUUAAUGAUAAAUCUAUAAUAAAUAAAGAUGAUGGUGCUUGCCAUGAACAAAUUGGUGUGAUUAACAUGAUUUAUAAAUAAAAACCCUUGGCUCUUAAGUCUAUCUGCUUCUUAUCCAUGCAUAGUUCUAAAAGCAAUGAUAUACAGUAUUAUAUGAAUAAGGGAAUAAUUCCAAGCACAGUGUUACUUUUUAAAUCUGUAAGACGAAUCCAUGAAAAACUAUUUUUUUAAAAAUGUUCUCCCUACUUUUCCUACUAAUAGCCUUUCGUAUUUGUCUCAUGGGGUUAUGGGAAGGUAAGCAGGCCUAUAACAUGUAGUGGUGCACCCAGGGAGUUUUCAUGAAGUCCUCUUAACCUUCCCUCUGUGUAGAGUAUUUGAUAACUUUCUUAUUUUUUGCGGGUUUUUUUCAGCAUUUUUCGUAGGCUGUGCCUGCUCCUUUCUUUGCACCUGGCUGGCCGGGUGAACGCUGUGCCCCCCCCCCCCACCACAAUAAAAAGUUUUGUUUAUAAACUCAUUGAAAAGUAAUUCCUGACAUAAAAAUAAUAUCAAAUUCAAAAUUAUUCGAGAGUGACUCUUUUUCUUGCUGGAGUUAGAAGAUCACAAAACAAAGAAGUAUUUUUUACAAAGAUUGCAUCAUGCUGUAUUUUCUUAUCACAAAGUCACUGCCUGUGUAAUUUGCCUUUAUGUGGGUUGGUUUGUUCCUAUGUGAUUUUUAUUUAAAAAACGAUGAUUUCCCAGAAGGCUUACUGGUAUUAAGAAAUUGACAGAAGGACGUGAAUGAAGAUGCAGAGUGUAUUCCGACUUUCUUGUUGCUAAUAAUGCUAAGUUGUAUGAUCUGUCUCCUGGCUGUUUCCCUCAGAAGAAUUUUUCAAUUUUGUUGUCGUUUGUAGAUCUAGAGCUGAUUCCUGUUUUUGUAGGAAAUUGAUUGUGUUUUUUUGUGCUUGGUUUUUGAGAGUAAUAGUUCAGUGUGGGGGUGUAGCUAACAUGAAUGCGGAAAUCUCGAAAUCACAGAUAGCCCAAAUAGUUUGUCAUUCCCUCGUCUGUUUAAUUUUAUGUUAUCGAUUAACCCCAUUUAUGGAUGUGUCAAACUUAUUUGUCACUCUCUGAACCCGACUGUUGAUAAGGUAGGGGAAUGGGGGCUGGUGCUGCUGGUGUCCAACUUUUCCAACACUUUUCAAAUUGAAGUUUAAGAAUGGAAUCCUGGUAGAAUUAAAAGUUUGUUCUUGUCCUGUCUGGACUGGAGCUUUCCAACUCAGCUUGAUGUCAGGUUUCGUUGAGCUCUUUUUUGUUUCGAGUGAAGUUUUAACAAGAACUAUAAUAAUAAUGAUAGCAAUACUUGGUCCAUCAAUGUCUGCUGACGAUGACCAGUAAAUCAGCAGAGAGAUUAUUUCUUAAGGCAAAAUAGAAGAAAUGAAGGUUAAGAUGACUUGUAACUUCUACUAUGGUCAAUAAAAACAAUUUUGGUAUACAGAAAAGUUUACAUUUUGGGCAGUCUAACUAAAGCUCCGCUUCCACCUGAGGAUGCGUAAUCGGCAAGAGCACCAGGUUACUUAUUCACUAUUUCUUUGUACAAAGUAGGUUCCGAUCUGGUUCUCUGUGCCAUAUACACACACACAUAGUCUAUCUUUGUGUACCAUAUAUAUUGGGUUAUUGGGUUUUGGUUGCUAUGUUUAUCACCACCGUGCUGUUAUAUAUACUGUUGUAUGGGUUUAUUGCCUGUGUGUGAGUUGUUACAUGGCACUACUGGUACUUUCCACUUCUUUUCUACCUCCCCCCCCCCCCCCCCCCCGUUUCUGUUAUUAUAUGCUUUUUCUCAGCAAUAAAUGACUUAUAAGUUCUUGUGUUAAUAUGCUCAAUUUUACUCAGAGGAAAUGUCUUUUUAAGUGCCGUUACUGUACAUUUCCAUGAAAGAUGAUUCUUUAUGCUUUCAUCAGUGUGCCCUUUGUUGCAUUGUUUGAUUCUCACAUUAAAAAUUUUGUUUUGCAGAAUGUGUUCAUCCAAUGAUUCUUGGUUUAUAAUAAUAUAACCAGAUGCUCUCUUCUUUGCCAAAAUAAUAUUCCUUGUUGCCGUCCAUAAGGCACCAUAUUUGAAGAAAGGAAUUUAUCAGCACCAGGAAUAUUUGUACAAAAUGAUUAAAUCUGCUCUGCAUAAUAUUUAAUAUAACAGUAUUUUAGUAUUAAGAACAGUAAGCACUGUUGAGUAAAGUAAAGGACAGCUCGCUACCCAAGAAUUACAAAGUUCUAUCUGUUAAGUACCUAGUUUUGAGAAAUAUGACAUUAAAUUAUUUUGAGUUUCAGUGCAGCGUGCCAAGCUUGCUUGAAUGCAAUUUUUUGAAUAUCUCGAUGACGACUCCGAAUAAUCAUGAUUUUGAUAGAGCAGACAGAACAUAGUUUCUGUCCUCAUGGUCUUAGUCUUAGUAAACUCAAAAAGGCGAAAAAUGUCAGAUAGCACUUUGGAAUUCUAGGCUAGCAAGCUGGCUGGCUUUUCUACUCAUCAGCAGUCAGUAAGUCAGUAAGCUUUAUAGUUAUAGCGUAUUAGGAGGUCAAGAGGGAUAUAUUUUCAUGGCAGAGUGUUUUGUUAUUUCAGAUCUUAAUUCGAGUCCGACUUUAAUGUGAUAAGUGUUCAGGGACUUAAAAAAAUGUGCAGACCAAUACUAGUAUAUUUUUAAAUGUCAAUUUUAUUCUUUUUAUAUCAAUUUUAUUUCAGUGUGUCAUAAUAAAAUAAUUCAUGUUACAACCAACUAUUUACAUGAUAAAACAAUAAAGAUAUAUAUAAUUAACAUUCA